AUGUCGCUAAUUUACGUCAACACCGUUCUCAAUAUGGUAUUCAAGUACAAGGACAUCAUCGUGCGUGCCGCUGAGUUGAAGGAAACAGACACAUUCAACGUUGGACUGUCCCAGGCUGCGAUGUCGAUAAUAGAGACAUCACUUGCUCUGGAUGCGAAGGCAACGCGGAUAGAAUGGGCCGCCUUACGCAAGAAAAGCCCUGUCAAUAGGACCAUAGUGAGGAAUUCCGCACAUCUAUGGGACCCAUUCGUCGAGAUGCUCGUUUUCUUUCCUGGUAAAGUCAAACUCGGCAAACUCAUGCUGCUCGCCAGUAACGCGCUCUGUGGCGUCGAGAGAUUCGAGCCUCCGAAGCGAGGAGAGGCAAUGGACGAAGGCCGAAAGGCAUUCAAUGCCGACUUCGAAAAGACAGCGGAAGUCGUUGGGCGUAUGAUUGAUCGACUUGGCGAUUUCAAUAUUGCCGACUUGAACACGUUGAUCUCUGACAACGAAGCCAUUUAUCCCAUCAUUGCAGCACUGAUUCACGGCGAAGCCUCGAUACGAGAAGCUGCGACCUCACUCAUCAAAUCCGCCACCGGCGAGGACCAACGGUCAGAAGCUGUGAGCAAGCUUCUUCAGGAUUACUUUGCGGAGUUUCUCUCCGCAUACUGCGAUGUUGUCAAAGCGACCACAUACGGAAAGGGUUCACUGAACCCAUUCGGCCCGAUGCCCAAUAUUUUGAUCUACAACAGAGACAUCCUUAAUGGUCUCUGCGAUACUACCGUGGGUGUUCUCAGAUCCAAGUCUUUGUCCGCAACGGAACGUGCUGCUGUCAUGAAGUGGUGGACAACUCAGUGGGAAUGCCUGCAGCAUGCAUUUGCAAAUACGAGACUUUGGGCCAUUGAGCAUGAGAGAAAGAUGAUGGAAGGGUUUGCCCGAGAUGUCAUGGAGCGUGCAGAUGCUCUGCUUGCGCAGGAUGGUGUUGUGGCUUCAGCACUUGGUGGACAAGCCCGAGGACAAUACAGCGGUGAUGCGAACAUAGACGUAAUGAAGACUCUCCUUGAUCAACCUCGGAAGAACUCCCAAGGCAUGAUGGACAUGUCGAAAUUGCGCGACACAUACCUUCUCGGACUGUGGGUCAAGACACUAGUCAAACUUCUUCGACGCUUGGCAGAAUAUGACAUGAAGCUGGACGAGAAGUCCCUGAAAGUCAUUCGCGAUGUGUGCACGAAGAGGCCAGACGGCAAGUACAUUGCCAACAGCAAUCUUGAUGAAGCUCAGAAAGCGGAGCUCUUGAAAGCGCUAGGAGAGGAUAGCGACGACAGCGACUCCCUCGAUUACAUCGGACGCGUGGACAAACCGAAGAAGCAGAGCACCAUUGAUGCAUGGUCGAAAUCUGCGCCUUCUAGUACGGGUUCCGGCAGCUCUAGAGGUACAACUCCAUCCUCCACCAUUCGGACCAACCGCGAUGAUGUGAAGGAGCUUACCCCUAAUGUGGAUAAGUACAAAGCCACUCUCGACAAGAUGAAAUCGCGGGCACAGCCACUAAAACCCGACCCGAAAGCCAUAGCGGCAAGCACUGCCGCAGUGCUGGAAGCAAGGCAAAAGGCGAAGGCAGAGAAAGCAAUUCGAGACGCGGAGGCCAUUGCGAAAGCCAAAGCGCUCCGCGGCCCAUCGAAACUCGUUCAAGGCGAAGGUUCCGGGUUGCAGAACCUCACUGGUGUUCCGGGGAAAGACCACGCUCCGCAAAAGAGUGAGAUUAUGGUAGAUAGUAGCUCCGAAGAUGACGACGAUUCAGAAGAGGAAAUGGUCGUCUCUAGAACCAAGCGACCUGGGAUGAGCAUCCUUGAUCCUGCACGGCGACGACGUGAAUUGGAGCUGCUUCAGAAGGCUCGUGGGCCAGUCAAGAAGACCAAAGUUCAACGCUCGGCUAAGGACAUGCGAGCUCGUCUCAUUCCACCGAUGGACGUCUUGCACCAAGCCAUAUUGGAAUGGGAUAUCUUCCAUGAAGGUAACGAUCCGCCGAAUGGAUAUAAGUGCGAAGCAGUAUCUUCAUCUUACCUUACGCCGAGGGACUACAAGCAGACAUUCUUCCCAUUACUGAUCUAUGAGGCUUGGCGAUCUUUUGUCACGUCGAAGGAAGAAUCGACGUCGAAGCCUUUUGGGAUACGGGUUAUCAACCGCAUGUCUGUCGAUAGAUUUCUUGAAGUCACAACCUCAAUGCCUUCCAAAGCAAAUAAGGACCUUAGCCUUUCAGAGGGUGAUAUUGUCCUUAUCUCCAAGGCUGACAAUCCUCUAAACGAGAAAGAAUCUCCGCAUUGCCUUGGACGUAUCUGGAAGACCACGUACAAGAAAGAUACCCUUGAAGUUGCAUACCGCCUCAACUCGGUGAACAAUCAACUCCUCCCUCAGUUGAUCCCUGGUGCCGAAUUUCAUGCUGUCAAAAUCACCAAUAUGACCACAAUCGAACGUGAGUAUGCGGCACUGGAGAGUCUGCAAUACUACGAUCUCAUGGACGAGAUCAUCAAAGCCAUACCGUCACCUAUUCUCAAGUUUGGAGAAGAAGCAGUGGGCAAUGUUAUGAAGAAUUAUGACCUGAACCCAGGCCAAGCCAAAGCAAUCUUAAAUGCCAAGGAGAAUGAUGGCUUCACCCUCAUUCAAGGUCCCCCAGGAACUGGCAAAACGAAGACAAUUGUCGCAAUGGUAGGAGCUCUCCUGACCGGGCAUGUGGGCAACAAAUCCGCAGCUGUUGCAAUCAAGACUCCUCAUGUAGUAGGACAAGCUGGUGCACCACAGGCGCCAUCAAAGAAGCUCUUGAUUUGCGCGCCCAGUAACGCCGCUGUUGACGAAAUCGUGCUACGACUCAAGGCUGGCGUCAGGACCUUGAAUGGCUCAUCUCACAAAAUUGAAGUGCUCCGCCUUGGACGUAGUGAUGCGAUCAAUGCGAGCGUUAGAGAUGUCACUUUAGACGAGCGCGUCAAAGCCGAAAUGGAUGCUGCAAUCAAUAAGAACGGAUCAGUCAGUGACCGCGAAAAGAUGCAUAAAGAAGCCGGAGAGAUCAAGAUUCAAUUGAAUAGCCUUCGGCCGAUGCUGGAAGCAUCCAGAGCUGAAAAUGAUCGUGAUGCCACGAUGAAACUUCAGCGACAGUUCGACGAUUUGAAGAGACGCCAAGCACAUAUUGGUGCGAAAAUCGAUGCAGACAAAGACAGCGGCAACACGUACGUACGAGAAAGCGAAAUCAAACGCAGGCAGAUUCAACAACGAAUACUUGACUCUGCUCAAGUCCUUUGUGCGACACUCAGUGGAAGUGGCCACGAGAUGUUCAAGAAUCUUAAUGUUGAAUUUGAGACUGUCAUUAUCGAUGAGGCUGCUCAAAGUAUUGAGCUCAGUGCUCUGAUUCCACUCAAAUACGGAUGCUCCAAGUGCAUCCUUGUUGGAGAUCCCAAACAGUUGCCGCCCACGGUCCUUUCCCAGUCUGCCUCUCGUUAUGGCUAUGAUCAGAGCUUGUUCGUGCGCAUGCAGCAGAAUAAGCCUGAAGAUGUCCAUCUCCUAGAUCGCCAGUAUCGUAUGCAUCCUGAAAUCAGUUUAUUCCCCAGCACCGAGUUCUACGAAGGACGCUUGGUGGACGGAGACAAUAUGGCGCGUUUGCGCCAGCAGCCAUGGCACAGUAGCGAGCUUCUGGGGCCAUACCGUUUCUUCGACGUUGAAGGUGCUCAGGAGCGAGGAGCGAGAGGCAAGUCCUACGUAAACUACAAGGAAAUACAGGUUGCGAUGCAGCUCUAUAGCAGAUUCCGAACCGAUUACUCGGGUUAUGAUCCCAAGGGAAAGAUCGGAAUCAUCACCCCGUAUAAGUCGCAGCUCAUGGAACUGCGUCAACGGUUCACAGACAGAUACGGCGAGGCUAUUACCGAUGACAUCGAGUUCAACACAACAGACGCCUUCCAGGGUCGUGAAUGCGAGAUCAUCAUCUUCUCUUGUGUCAGAGCUAAAGAAACCGGCGGUAUUGGAUUCAUGCAGGAUAUUCGACGUAUGAAUGUCGGUUUGACUCGAGCUAGGUCCUCUUUGUGGAUUCUCGGAGACUCUCGAGCCCUUAUGCAGGGUGAAUUCUGGGGCAAGCUCAUCAAAGAUGCGAAGGCUCGAGAUCGAUAUACAAGAGGAGACGUGCUUUCUCUGUUGAGGCAGCCAGGGAGGAAGGUGGCCUUCCCGAAUGCUUCAUCGGCUGUUCAAAACGGAAAACUCAGCCAAGCCCCUACGCCCCCUGUCAAGGGAAUUGAUGAAGACACGGACAUGCCAGAUGCGCCGACAUUUGCACAGCAACCUUCGACCUAUGCGAUGGCAAAUCAACCUCCGGCAGCCCAGCCACGGGGGUCCAUUGGAGGAUUAAAUGAGCGCGGAGAGGCUCUGGGAAUUGCGCCGCGCCUCGAUGGUGUGCCCCAAAUCCGCACGCCUGCGUCUGCAGAACCUGGAGCCUCCAAGAAGAGGAUGCUUGCAGGGAGUGACGAAUCUGUUCCAUCAGCUAAGAGGAUGGCCCUCCCACCAAAGAAGAGGGCACCUGCAGACCCUUUCAUUCAGAAGAAGAAACCCACUAAACGAUAA